AUGGCCUCCGCUGCUGUCAUGGCGUCCUCCUCGGCGCUUCCUGCCGCACGCCCUCCACCGCCCGACAUGGACCUCGACGAUGAUCUCCCGGACAACGCCUUCACCUCGAUCGACGAGCGAGCCAUCGAGAUCCGUGACUCGUCCGAUCCCAUGUCCAUGCUCAGCUUCUACCGUCGUCUCUUUCCUUGGAAGCAGCUCUUCUCCUGGCUCAACCACGAUCUGCCUCACAUGGCUGCUACCAAGUGCUUCACUCACCGCGAAUUCGCCUUCACACUCCAGAACGAGGCCUACCUCCGAUACAACUCCUUCUCGUCCGCCGACGAGCUCAAGAAGGAAGUCUGCCGCCUCAACCCGGCUCGUUUCGAAAUCGGCCCGGUCUACACGGCCAAGCCCAAGGAUCGCAAGACGGUGCAAAAGGCGUCGUUCAAGCCGGUACAGCGUGAAUUGGUAUUCGAUAUCGAUAUGACCGACUACGACGAGGUGCGAACAUGCUGUUCGGGAAAGGGCAUUUGCAAGCGCUGCUGGUCGUUCAUCGCCGUGGCAGUGCAGGUGCUCGACGAGGCGCUCAGGGAGGACUUUGGGUUCAAGCAUCUGCUAUGGGUCUACUCGGGUCGUCGUGGUAUCCAUUGCUGGAUUUCGGACAAGGAGGCAUUCGAGCUGGCGGACGACGCACGUAAGGCGAUCGUCGGAUGGCUCGAGGUGAUCAAGGGCGGUGCCAACCAGGUCAAAAAGGUCGACGCUGGUUGGGUCGGUAGUGCUGGUGGAAGGAGUCUGCACCCGAGCUUGCGACGUGCCAUUGGCGGCGAGGGCAGCGAGAGUGGUCCUUUGAAGCUUGCCUUCGUCGACACGGUGCUCAAGGACCAAGAUUGCUUCCGCUCGCCCGAACAGUGGGAUGUGCUGUUGCAGCUGCUUCCCUCUUCCGAAUCCGAGGCGAUCGAAAAGCUGCGCACCAAGUGGGAACGCGCCUCGAGUCGGUCCAGUCUGGAAAAAUGGCAGGACGUCAUGGAAAGCGCCCAGGCAGCAGGCAAGUACAAGAGCGAGCGAGUCUGGCGCCCUUGCCUCGAAGACAUCAUCCUCCAGUACACCUACCCACGCAUCGACGCAGAGGUCUCCAAGCACCUCAAUCACUUGCUCAAGUCGCCGUUUGUCGUCCACCCAGCGACAGGCAGGGUCUGCGUGCCGCUCGAGCCAUCCAAGGUGUUCGACUUUGAUCCCGAAGGUGGAUGCCCCACCGUCGCCCAGCUGCUGCGAGAGCUCAACGCAUACGAGGCAAGUCACAAGGACAGCUCAGCUGCUGUCAAGAGCAACUACAAGAACGAAACCGCCACUGCUGGCGAUGCUGCUGCCACGGUCAAGCAGGAUUGGGAAAAGACGAGCUUGCGACCGUUUGUGCAGCUGUUCGAGAAGCACUGCAAUGCCAUCGCCAAGGAGACCCGCGCAACAAGGAGAGCGUUGCAGGAGCUCAACGCAAACGACUUCUAG